AUGACAACUGAGGAUGACGAAUUCUUGAAGCAGUAUAAUUCUACCAAGAAAACCGUCGCUUCUCAGCUUUCCGAAGAUGACUUUGAACGCAUCAUGGAAGUGUUCGAGGAAACUGCCUCAGAACAGACUCCUUUUGCUUCUGUGGACAACACCGUAGUUUCCUACGAUGCAAUGGUCCCUUCACUCAGCCAACUUGGCACUCAGAAAUUGAUGGGGCAUGCCAAGCAUGUAUAUGAGUAUUGGAAGUCACGUCGGCAAACGACUGGCAACAAACCUCUUCACCCAACCGUCAAGUUCGAGACACAUCAGGAGAGUGACGAGGCAGACCCCUAUGUCUGCUUUAGACGCCGUGAGGCCAGGCAAACACGCAAAACAAGACAAAGAGAUGUCCAGAGCGCCGAGAAACUCAAACGACUUCGCAAAGAGUUGGAGGAUGGACGUCAACUCAUCAUCCACUCGUAUGAGCGUGAGAUGCUGAAACGUGAGGUCUUAAACUUGGAUCGACUCAUAUUCGAGCAACGGGCGAAGCUUAAGGAGAUGAAAGUCAAGCUUGGUAUCAAGACCGAGGACGACGACCUCAUCAACCAAAAGCCUCAGAAGAAGAAGCCAGUUGAGGCACCUGCAUUGCAGAGGCCGCCCGGCAACCAUCUUCGUAUCGCAGUGCGGCCAGACGGUCGUUCUAUGGAGGCAGACCUCCUCCAACUAUCAGAUAAACUUGCAGAGAAGGAGAAUGAGUUGCGUGCAGAUGUUGAGAGUAAGGUUCACAACCACCGAAAGUGGAACCAAAACCAUGUGGAUCUCACCCGAGAUCCCCUAUCACCAGUCAAGGAGCAGGGCAUGGAGAUUAACUUCCGGCCCGCCAAGACUCAAUAUUUGAUGACUCCUCCGGCGUCUACCUCAUCUGAGUCUGACGCCAUGGAUGUUGAUGACGAAGAAGUUGUUCCUGAAAGGAGUAACAUGUCGAUAUUCCAGUUCAGGGCGGGAGGUAAAGAAAAACCGUCAAGCAGCCAACCAGCGUUCCGCCGCCGCAUAGGACGGCUAAACCGUUUGUGGAUAGACCGUCGGGGAAUGACAACGCCACCAAGGAUGGACGAUGAGGAGUACUCCGACCGGUGGAAAUAUGACCAGGAUGACGAGGACGAGACACCGGUGUACGAGGUUGACCCGUACGACACCCGGGCUUUAAAGUUCCGCGCAACAAUUCCCUUGUCGCAAUAUGUGUACCCGAGGCGGCAAAUGCCUCAAGAAGGUAUGGUCAAUGGCCAACUGCCCCCGCAAGCUGCAGGAGUUGCUGGUAAUAGACCAGCACUGCCGCAACCGCAACCGCAACCGCAACCGCAACCGCAGCCGCAGCAGCAGCAGCAGCAGCCGCCGCAGCAGCCGCCAUCACAGGCGCCUCCGGCACCACCGGCGGCUCAAGCUCAAGCAGCGACUUCGUGA